AAGAGAGCGUCGGAUUGUUUUUCGCUGCGACUGAGAGCAGAAGGGAUUGAAUGUGGGACUUUAUUGUGUCCUCCACCGUGGAACUCAUAGCAACCCUUCUUCUAGCAGGGUCUCUAUCUCUACUGCAGCCCCCCCGCCCGACUCCAUGAAGACGUGAUGUCUCUGGGCCCCGUUUAAUCUCUUAAACCUCAGUUUAAAUGCACAGGUUCCCCGAAGGCCCAUUUUUACCGUGAAGAGCAAUACAAGCCAUGGUGAAGCUGGCUGCCAAAUGCAUCGUGGCGGGUGAUUCAGCUGUGGGGAAGACUGCUUUGGUCCAGAUGUUCUGCAAUGAUGGGGCUCAUUUUCAGAAAAACUAUACCCUGACAAUAGGAGUGGAGCUACUGAUGAAGACAGUACCUAUUCCAGGGACAAAUAAUAGUGUGGAACUCUUCCUCUUUGAUUCAGCAGGCAAAGAACUCUUUUCUGAAAUACUAGACAAAUUGUGGGAACAGCCCAAUGCCCUGUGCAUUGUGUAUGAUGUCACCAAUGAGCAAUCUUUCAAUAACUCUGCUAAGUGGCUAGAAAGGCUGAGAAUCCAAACAUCAGGAAUUCAUAUUCCAGGUGUCCUGGUGGGCAAUAAGAUUGAUUUAUUUGAUAGGAGAGUUGUAGAGCGCAAACAGGCACAACAGUGGGCAGAAACAAAUGGCCUGGAAUACUGUGAGAUAUCAGUAAAAGAGAUGGAAAAUUUUGAAGCUCCUUUUCACAUUGUGGCAAAUUCUUUCCACCGACUGUACAAAGAGAAAGUAGAAAUCUUUCAUUCGCUGGUGUGAGGUGUCCUUAAAUGCAGUACGCUGGAUUCAAACAAAACACACACACACACAAACA